GCGCUGCUGCUCAAUUCCUGUCGGCCCCGUCCUGUCACUCGCUUCAUUCUUUCGCAUUUCUUCUUUCUUCCCUUUACAUUCGCUUGGCCGCUUCCCUUCGUUGAUACGGCCUCCUUUAAUUGCGACGCCUUCGCUAUCACUCCCAACCCGACCCCUCGUGGCUGUGUCUUUGACCAGGCUUUCUUAAUCUGAUACAAAGACAAUUCAACAACACAUUAAGAGGAGGACACUGCUGCCGGCACCUUCGCUCCAGCUGUAUAUACGAGCUUUCGAUUUGGUUAACCCGGAACAUAUACCCUUUUAAUUACGCCGCCCCGCCGUAGACCUACCAAGUCCGUUUCGGCCACCGACGACUCCCAAUCUGAACUUGAGAGUUCUUAUCGACGCCUUCCUCACCCCCUAGACCCUACCCAUCCUAGGAAAUGCAAGUGUCGGAAGCUCCCUCAGGCCAGCCCAAGUUCCACCGCCCAUCCCAGUCCUUCUCGACUCUGGGUAUGAGCAGUGAUAACCUGGGCUUCUCGCACAGCGCCUUCACCACCAACCAGCCCUCUAUUUCUAGCUACUCGGACCGUCACCGCACAAACAUCCCGUCCAUUAACACUGGUCGUAUGUCCAACAUGGCCUCCCAGCCCGAGCAGACUCCUGGCACUGCCCUCGACAUGAACUUCACUCCUCUUCUCCCUUCGAACUUGUUGAUUGGCAGCCCCUUCCAGCCUCAGUCACCCUCGGCUUUUGCUUCUCCGGGCUUCCAGAGCUUCUCCAGCUUCCCUCAGCAGCCCCAGCGCCCGCAGCAACAGCACAACCAGUACCAGAACCAGCAGAACCAGGCCAUGUCUCCUCCCAUGUACGCUAACAUGAUGUCGCCUCCUCAGAUGCACGCUCAGAUGUACCAAGGCCCUCAAUCUCCUACUCUCGGCUACAACCCUCAGAACAACCAAUCACUCAAUGGCCUGUCCACCGCUCCUCUGGGUAUUGCUCCUGGUUUGAUGUCAAGCUCUAGCAGAACCGUCUACCUGGGCAACAUCCCUUCGGACACGUCUGCUGAAGAAAUUCUCAGCCACGUCCGUAGCGGACAAAUUGAGUCGGUUCGUCUUCUCCCCGACAAGAACUGCGCUUUCAUCUCCUUCCUCGACGGAAGCUCGGCCACACACUUCCACUCGGACGCCAUCUUGAAAAAGCUGUGCAUCAAGGGCCAGGACAUCAAAAUUGGUUGGGGUAAGCCUUCAUCGGUCCCUACCUCGGUCGCUCUCGCCGUCCAGCAGUCGGGUGCUUCCCGCAAUGUUUACCUUGGCAACCUGCCCGAAGAAGUUUCGGAGGACGAGCUGAGAGAGGAUUUGGCCAAAUACGGCCCUAUCGACACUGUCAAGAUUGUUAGAGAGAAGGCCAUUGGAUUCGUCCACUUCUUGUCGAUUGGCAACGCUAUCAAGGCUGUUUCCCAACUGCCCCAGGAGCCCAAGUGGCAGCCUCCAAGACGUGUAUACUACGGCAAGGAUCGUUGCGCUUACGUCUCCAAGACACAGCAGCAGAACGCUGCCCAGUAUCUCGGAAUCGCCCCUGGAUAUGCUCACGUUCUGAACAACGCUGAUCGUGAUCUCAUUUCGAACGCCUUGGCUCAGCAAUCUGUUGCUGCUGCAGCUGUUGCAACCACCGCUGGUGGCGUGAACAACUUGGGUAACCGCACUGUCUACCUUGGUAACAUUCACCCUGAGACGACCAUUGAGGAGAUCUGCAAUGUUGUCAGAGGCGGUCUUCUGCACCACAUCCGCUACAUUCCUGACAAGCACAUCUGCUUCGUCACAUUCAUCGACCCUACUUCCGCUGCCUCAUUCUUCGCUCUGUCCAACCUUCAAGGUCUUAUGAUUCACAACAGACGCCUGAAGAUCGGCUGGGGCAAGCACUCUGGCGCUCUCCCUCCUGCUAUUGCUCUCGCUGUCAGCGGUGGUGCUUCGCGUAACGUCUACAUCGGCAACCUCGACGAGACCUGGACUGAGGAGCGUCUUCGUCAAGACUUCUCCGAGUAUGGUGAGAUUGAGCUGGUCAACACUCUGCGCGAGAAGAGCUGCGCAUUCGUCAACUUCACCAACAUUGCCAAUGCUAUCAAGGCCAUCGAGGCUGUUCGCAGCAAGGAUGAGUACAAGCGCUUCAAGGUCAACUUCGGCAAGGAUCGUUGCGGAAACCCUCCCCGCCAGGUCGUCGCAAACGGUCAGGGACAGUCUCAGCAAGAAGGCACACAAUCGCCUAGCCCCGUGAGCGGCAUGCGUGCUCAUGACUCCAUUUCUCCCAGCGCCGGCGCAUCGAACAACUACAGCAACCCUCUACAGGGACCUACUGCUUCGACUAUUCUCAACGCUGGAGCCAAUAACCCCCUGGCCAUGUACCUCGCUGCCGCUUCGCAGGUCCAGUCUCAGCCUUCUUCUUCGCCAAACGACCUCAGCCCGCAAUUUGGCCAGUUGAGUCUGUCGCAGCCGCAACAACAGCAGCAACCUCAGAUGACCACUCAGCAAGCUUUCUACAGCGGAGACUCUAACCUUCCCACGAGGUCCACCGCGCUUGAAGCACCUUCGCACUACGGUCACCACGCCACUCACUCUGUCAACUUGAGCAAUGGUCUCUCGAACGGUUUCGGUGGUGGCAGCGGCGGUGGUAACGGCAUGCAAUCUAGCCAGAACAGCGCCUCAAGAGGCCAGCAUUCCCGCACCGUCAGUCUGCCCGUCUUCUCGCAGCCCCAGCCUCAGCACAUUCACCAACAAACCUUUGCCGGUCUCGGCGCUGGAAUUGGUGGCUUUGGCAACAACAAUCCUUACGGCUUGGCCAUCUCUGCUGAGCGCAGCCUGCCUGGCUGGGAAGAGGAAGAGCCCGUCAUCUAAAGGGGCUCGACGAAGAAUUUCUUGAAGUUCUAAUCUUUUUUUGAUUAUUAAUGGUGCCUAGUUCGCCUAUAAUCCUUCUACCUAUAUUCGUUCUUCAUCCUUUCCAUGUCCACUUCGGGCAACCUUCUUCAUUCAUUUACACUUCUCCUUUCUUCUUCCUUCUUUCUUGCAUUUGCACAACCAAUCACCUAAUUUUGACUCUCUUCUUCGUUCUUGCUAUUUCUACCUACUUUGUAUUUGUAUGCCUUCUUCUUAAACUUGCGAUGCGUUUUCGCACAAAUUGUUCUUCCCUUCUGGAGUUUUGGAGAAAGGGCACAGGGAAAAGAACAAAACUUUUAUCUUUAGAGAGACUGCCAGGCUCGCAACAUCUGGAAUCACCUGGAUUUUGACUGUAAUGAAGAAAAUCUAUUUUUAACAAGA